AUGGCUUUGAACAACCGGAGAUAUCUCGCUUUAGGAUUGGCGGAUCCUCAAAUCGCCGUCCCAGCAACCGCUUACGCCGAAGCCGUCGAAACGAAUCAUCUAAGCAUAGUCGGUCGUCUUCUCCGCCCGAAAAACCAAGAUCUCUACUCAGUAAUCCAGACACUCCCUCACAAGUGGAAUGUCCGCGGCUCUCAAUUGCGCGGCCGCAUCAUCGGCGGCGGGAAGUUCCAGUUCCUAUUCGACACGGAGCGGGAUCUGGAAAUGGCUCUCUGGUCAGGUCCUUACACGUACAACGGAUGGAUCGUCGUGCUGCAGCGGUGGGAGGACGAGCCGGGUCCCGAAUUUCUCCGAUCGGUGCCGAUGUGGGUGAGGAUUCGCGGGAUCCCGAUUCGGUACCUCUGCAAAGGAACGGUUCGUGAGAUUGCUUCGUCUAUGGGGGAGGUAAUGGAUAUCGAAUUGGAUGAUAAGAUCAUCGAUCUGCGUUACGUGCGUGUUCGUGUGAACGUUUCUGUGGAUUCGAGGCUUUGUUUUAAGAAAGUGGUGAGGUUUGAAUCUGGAGAGGUUAAGAUUGUGAGUCUCCGUUACGAGGACGUUGCUUGGGGAAGAGCAAAGUUUAAAUUCUGUCGUAAUUGUGGGGAUAUGAAGCAUCUCGCGAGGUCUUGUAAAUUGCCUUGGAUUGAUGUUCCUGAUCCUUAUGAACGUUCUCUUUCUCCACCGCCUCCUGAUGCUGCUGGUUCUGAUGCCUUUGCUGAGAACAAUGGCCAAAGUGGAACUUCUGAUGCGGUUCUUGAUGGCGUUGAGAUGGUUGGAACUUCAGCGGAGGGGUCUAAAAGGAAGUUUGAAGCUUCGAGGGAGGAGGGUGAUGAUAUACAGAGGAAGCGGAUUCGAGGAAGCUCUGAUGGAACAGAGGAUUUGGGGGUUAACCUCGGAGUAGUUCAAGAAGAAUGA